CCUGCUUUCAACCAGAUUUUGGCCCAAAUUUUUUCUGGACCCAGACCCCUCGACAACCACCACCCCGUUCGGCUCCCGGCCAUUUCUCUUUCUUUGAAAUCUGCCGCUCCUGCGAAGCGCCUUUGAUGCGAUAGUUGGCCCGACAGCUUGCCCACAAUGGAUGCCGCCGCCAUUCAAAGUUGCAUCGCUGCGACGCUCGACGCUGAUGCCGACGUCCGCCGGAGGGCCGAGCUUCAGCUGAAGCAGGCCGAGGGCCAGCCUGGUUUCACAGAUGUCCUGCUGGACCUUGUCCAGUCCGACCAAGCUGCCAACCUUCAGCUGCCCAAACCGUGUCAACCGUGCCUGGGAGCGCUCCGAGUAUUACCCCAACGAGACCUUGAUACCCGAUGAUGAGAAGGCGCGCUUCCGAGAGCGGUUAUUGCCCAUCCUCGCGACCUCCCAGAACCUGGUGCGGCACCAACUCGUCCCAAUCUUGCAGCGCAUCCUAAGCUUCGACUUCCCUGAGAGAUGGCCGUCGUUUAUGGACUAUACUCUUCAGCUUCUCAAUACCAACGACCCCCGGUCGGUCCUGGCUGGGCUUCAGUGCCUGUUAGCAGUCUGCCGCGCUUAUCGCUUCAAGGCAAGCGAAAGCGACAGCAGGGCUCACUUCGACAAGAUCAUCGAGGCGAGCUUUCCUAGGUUGCUGGUAAUAUGCAACGAGCUGGUGAAUCAAGAGAGCGACGAGGCUGGCGAGAUGCUGCACAUUGCCCUGAAGUGUUACAAGCAUGCCACAUGGCUCGAACUAUGCGAGUUUCUCCGCCAGAGCGCCGUGAACCUCGCCUGGUGCUCCGUCUUCCUCCAAACCGUGUCCAAGGCCAUUCCGGCCUCUGCCAUGCAGGGUGACCCGUUGGAGCGGGAGCGUCACCACUGGUGGAAGGCAAAGAAGUGGGCAUACUUCAACCUGAACCGCUUAUAUAUCAGGCAUGGCAACAUGCAAGCAGUUAUGGACCGGUCGGCCGAGCCCCCGACACGUUUCAUCAAGGAAUUCUCGUCCCAGGUCGCCCCCGAGAUUCUCAAACACUACCUUCAGGAGAUUGAGAAGUGGGUGUCCAAGACUAUCUGGUUGAGCCGACCCUGCCUCUCCUACACAAUCGUGUUCUUGGAUGAGUGCAUUCGUCCCAAGGACAUGUGGGCGCACCUGAAGCCCCAUUUGACCAACCUGGUCAGGCACUUCAUCUUCCCGGUCCUUUGCCUGACCGAGGAGGACAUUGAGAAGUUCGAGGAUGAACCCGAAGAGUACCUUCACCGAAAGCUGAACUUUUACGAGGAAGUCUCCGCACCCGACGUUUCGGCCACCAAUUUCCUGGUCACUCUGACCAAGGCACGGAGGAAACAGACCUUUGAACUCCUCACGUUUAUCAAUGAUGUGGUCAACCAGUACGAGCAGGCUCCGGAGGGAAGCAAGAACCAUAUUGCCAAGGAGGGAGCCCUGCGCAUGAUAGGAACUCUUGCGCCGGUCAUCCUCGGUAAGAAGUCGCCAAUCGCCUCCCAAGUCGAGUACUUCAUCGUCCGCUACGUCUUCCCCGACUUCACCAGCGAACAGGGAUUCCUCCGGGCUCGGGCUUGUGACACCAUCGAGAAGUUCGAGCAGCUGGACUUCAAGGACCAGAACAAUCUUCUUGCCAUCUAUCGCCACAUUCUUGACCGCAUGGCCGAUCCCAAACUUCCCGUUCGUGUGACUGCUGCCCUGGCGUUGCAGCCCCUAAUCAGGCACGACAUCAUUCGGACGAGCAUGCAGACCAGCAUCCCAACCAUUAUGCAGCAACUUCUGAAGCUGGCGAACGAGGCCGAUAUCGAUGCCCUUGCCAAUGUGAUGGAGGACUUCGUUGAAGUCUUCGCCGCUGAGCUCACCCCCUUCGCUGUGGCGCUCAGUGAGCAGCUGCGCGACACUUACCUCCGUAUCGUCCGGGAGUUGCUGGAGAACAACGAGAAGCGUGAUGAUAUGGACAAUGAGUAUGGCGACUUCCUCGACGACAAGAGUAUUACGGCUCUGGGUGUCCUCCAGACCAUCGGCACUCUUAUCCUUACCCUCGAGAGCACGCCAGACAUACUCCUCCAUAUCGAGAGCGUCUUGAUGCCGGUAAUCGAGAUCACCCUGGAGAAUAAGCUCUACGACCUGUACAACGAGGUUUUUGAGAUCAUUGACAGCUGCACCUUCGCCGCCAAGCAGAUUUCCCCAACCAUGUGGAAGGCGUUCCGGCUUGUCCACGCGACUUUCAAGUCAGGCGCCGAGCUGUACCUGGAGGACAUGCUGCCAGCUCUGGACAACUUCGUCCAGUAUGGCGCUCCGCAGCUCAUCGAGACGCCCGAGUACGUCGAAGCUCUGUAUGGCAUGGUCUCGGACAUGUUCACGGACGGCAAGGUUGGCGGUGUCGACCGGAUAUGCGCCUGCAAGCUUGCGGAAGCCAUGAUGCUCAGCCUCCGUGGCCACAUCAACAAUGCCGUCCAUGGUUUCAUCAACAUGGCCAUGGGGGUGCUCGUCAGCCAGGAUGUCAAGCUCAAGUCGUACAAGGUUCACCUGAUGGAGAUGGUCAUUAACGCCAUUUAUUACGACCCUAUCCUCACGCUUCAGAUUCUCGAGUCCCAGGGCUGGACAAAUAAGUUUUUCAGCCUCUGGUUCGGCAGCAUGACGUCGUUCACCCGAGUACACGACAAGCAGUUGUGCAUUCUGGCCAUCAUUGCACUCCUCAACAUCAAAUCGGAUCAGAUUCCCCAGAGCAUCAUGGUCGGGUGGCCGAGACUUCUCCAGGGCAUCAAGAUCCUUUUCGACACUCUUCCGGAGGCCAUGGCCAACCGCGAGGAAGCCCUGAAGGAUGAUUUCCAGUUUGACAGUGGAACGUACGGUUACGAUGAGAGCGACGAUGAGUGGGAUGACGAAGAGGCGAACUGGAACGGUGGCGAGAACGAGGAGGAGCCAGCCGCCGAGACCAAGGAUGAGAGCACAGCCUACCUGGAAUUCCUCAAUGAGGAGGCCCAGAAGCUCAAGGCAACAGAGAUUGAAGAUUCGGACGACGAGCUUGGCGAGGACAGCGUGUUAUUGGAGUCGCCUCUCGACCGGAUUGAUCCUUAUCUCGCUUUCAGGGAUGCUUUCAAGAAAUUGCAGGAGGAGCAGCCUCAGUUCUGUGCUAACCUGCUGAGCCACCUCUCCCACGAUGACCAGACGGCUCUCCUGGAAGUUUGCCGUCGAGCGGAUACCCAAGAGAUGAUGGGCCUGCAGAGCCCUUUCCCCAUCUCCCGGACACGUGGUGCGCCCGCCAACGGCACGAGCUAAAUGCGCGUGCUGCCAUUGUAGCGUCGAACCUAUCAUGGUACUCA